UCCCGCUGCUGUUCCUUUCGCUAGCAGUGUACUGCUGAGAUAAUUAAUUCGGAAGAUCCAAAUGGACACUGCACCAUCCGGUGAAUUCCCAAACUUGAAACCCUAGCGAACUUUUGUUCUGCCUCGGAUCUCCAUCCUCCGAUCUCGCUUUCGGUGAUCUCCAGAUAAAGAGGACGGCGACGAUCACCGCAAGCAGAUCUGGAGAAGGAUGGCGCUGUUCAGGAGGCUGUUCUACCGGAAGCCGCCAGAUCGGCUACUCGAGAUCUCCGACAGGGUCUAUGUGUUUGAUUGUUGCUUCUCCACUGAAAUUAUUGAAGAUAACGAGUACAAGAAUUAUCUGGGGUUCAUAGUUGCAGAGCUUCAGGAUCAUUUUCCUGACUCUUCAUUUAUGGUAUGUAAUUUUAGGGAAGGAGAUAGGAAAAGCCAUAUCUCUGAUAUUUUAUCGGAGUAUGACAUGACAGUCAUGGACUACCCACGUCAAUAUGACCGUUGUCCAUUGCUUCCAUUGGAAAUGAUCCAUCAUUUUCUGAAGUCUAGUGAGAGCUGGCUGUCACUUGAAGGGCAGCAUAAUGUUUUGCUGAUGCAUUGUGAGAGAGGAGGGUGGCCUGUUCUUGCCUUCAUGCUUGCAGGCUUUCUUCUUUACAGGAAGCAAUACACUGGAGAGCAGAAGACCCUUGAAAUGGUCUAUAAGCAAGCUCCUAAGGAGUUGCUUCAUCUCUUUUGUCCAUUGAAUCCACAACCUUCUCACCUGAGGUAUUUGCAAUACAUAACCAGGCAAGCCGGGGGUCUGGAGUGGCCCCCUAAGGAUAAACCCUUUUUCUUAAAAUGCAUCAUUCUCAGCGUUGCUCCUCAUUUUGAUGGCAAGGGAGGCUGCAGACCUGUUGUUCGUGUUUAUGGUCAGGACCCCCAAACUCCAACUAACAGGUCCUUAAUGAUUUUUUUUUCAACUCCAAAGAGCAAAGAACAUGUUAAGCAUUAUAGACAGGAAGAGAGUGUUGUACUAAUUGCCGGGUGUCAUGUUCGCGGAGAUGUCAUUAUUGAGUGUAUCCAUGUCGAUGAGGAUUUGGAGUGUGAGGAGAUGAUGUGCAGGAUUAUGUUUAACACUGCAUUUGUUGAGUCUGAUAUGCUGCUUCUGAAUCGUGAUGAAAUUGACGUGGCUUGGAAUGCAAAGGAUCUGUUUCCAAGAGAUUUUAAAGCAGAGGUAAUCUUUUCAGACUUUGAUGCUGUUGAAUCCAAAGCGACCUCAAAAGCAACAGCUAACGAUGAUGAAAAGGAAGGUGGUUCAACAGAGGAGUUUUUUGAGGCAGAAGAGAUUUUUAACAACUCGGAAAUGCAUGUUGAUACUCAGUUUCCUCACACUAAAAGUAUCCUCGAUCUCACUGGUCCAAAAUCUGAUGUUUUUGUUGUAGCUGAUGAUUUUGUGAAGAAAUUACAAGGUACCUUUGAUUCAGAGAAUUCCAAGAAUGUCAUCCAUGAAAAAAUAAAAAGAGUUGAUAGAAUGGAUGCAUUGUUUGGACCCUCAAUAAUGGAAGAUCAAGUGGGAGGCACAUUUAAAGCGGGUGUUUCUGAACAUGAUGCUAUUCCUGAAAAAAUUAUUAACCUGGAUAAUGUGAUUGCACUUGAAGAGAAAAGAAUGUCAGAAGGUAGCAUUUCGAUGAGGAAAACUGGUGCUUUUUUUUCAACAUUUGAAGGAGAAUCUACAUCAAAAUAUGGCAAUACUGAGCCCAAAACAAUUUAUGUAUCAGAGAUAACAAAUCUUACACAAGCAAAAAUUACUGUAGAUGUCGCAGGUUGCAAAAUGGAGAGCCUUUCACCUACAAAUGAAGGAAAUAGUAGAAUGGAUGUUAGUAGUGCUUCCCGAGAGAGUAUGAAGAGUGCUAUUCUUCUGAGAACAUCCAUUUUGGAUGGAAGGGGCUGUAACGCAAGCGAUGUAUGUACUGUUGAUCAAACACAGCAGCUGAAUACAGGAGUUUGUAAGCGUCACACAAGAAAUGACCUGAAGUUAUAUUCUGAUGGCCGAUUGGAAACCCCAUACCUGGUUGGUCAAGCAGAAAAUGGAUCAGAAAUUACCAUCCAUGAUAAAGCAAUUAUUACAGAGAAGUUGAUAUCCUUAAAUGAAGUGAAUGGAGUUGAAGAGAAUAAUGUUGCAGAAAUCAACUUAAAACAGGAAGGGCUUAUAGUUCGUCUGCCCACAGAACAAAAGGGUCCAACAGAAACAACUUAUCUGAAAUUUGUUGUUGGUGCUUUCACCCAUAAAAAUUCUGACGAUGAUACUGUCGAUAAACCGAACACCCUCAUUUUGGACGCUGAAGCUAAGAAUGCAUUGGAAAAAAGUGAUUUAAGAAAUGAUCUGGAUAAAAUUCCUAUUUUUAUGGAAUCUAUUAGCAGUGAAAAGACUCAAUUGUUUAGUUCCAGAAGUGUUCUGAAUAAAGAAAUGCGUGUGCCUGGAAGUUCUGAUUAUAAAACUGGUAAUGGCAUUAAAGCUGAUGAGCCACAGUCGCAUACUGAGAUGACAGGACGUGGUACUGAGAUACAAAAUAAUGAGAAGGUUUUGCCAUCCGUGCCAGAAAAAAACCUGAUGCGAAACAGUCUAAAAUGUGAACCUUUCAUUGCCAAAGAUAAAUGUAUUCGACAAGAAGAUUCAAUUUUACUCACAAAUGCUUCCAAAACAAAACUCAUACCUCGGUGGAUAUCCCCCAAAAAAACUUCUGAUGCCUCAUCAGUUCAUUGGUCAUCUAAUCCUUUAUUAAGGUAUAACAGUUCACCAGCUGCUCUUGCCAUUUCUUUUCAUAUAAAUGAUGAAAGGAGCAAUACUAAGGAUAUUCUAGCGCCAUGUGAUUCCUUCAAUGGGAAUGAUACUUUAAUGGGCGGAGCACCGUCACCAUCUCUUUCAGUAAUGCUGCCUUCAAAACAGGACCUUGUUCAUUUAUUAACAUCAUGCCAGCAUAUAUCAGCUUCAUCUUUUCCGGUGCAACCUCCACUUUCAUCUCCACGACCACCAGGAAUGUCAUCGGCGCAACAAGUUAGUCUCCACUCGAAGAAAUCUUCCCCACCUCCACCCUUGAAGUCUGGAGCUGCUUUUCAUGCAUCAUCUUUGUUUUCUAUUACUUCUCAAAUCUCAUCAGAUCAUUGUUCUCAACCCUCUUUUCCUACCCUACGAACUGAAAUAAUAUUCACUCCUUCCUCUAGAACUUCACCCCACUUGAGUGCUACUCCCUCUUCCAAAAUUUCACCUCCAAUUAUAGCCUCACCUCCACCGCCGCCGCCGCCACCACCGCCACCACCACCACUACUGCCACCACCCCCCCAUUUCUUGCCGCAUGGAUCAUAUGUGCAGGAAUUUCAUUCAUCUCCUUAUUUUCAUGAAGCGCUUGACACACCCAUCAAAGAUCUACCUUCCACCCUACCUCCUUCAACUAUGCAUCCUUGCAAAGGAAAGACUAGCACACCUCCACCUCCACCUCCACCUCCACCUCCUCCCCUUCUUCCGCCACUCGCAUUCACGAGAACUACCACAAAGCUCCCAUCUACCCCCCCUCCACCACCACCAACAUUAUCAGGAGCAUCCAUCUACACCUCCGGCUCUCCUCCACCUUCUCCACUUUCUAUAUCUAUAAACCAAAGCACAUCGAUGAACGCCAUUCUCAUGUCUCCAAUUCCUCCACCAUCCACGACUCUCUUAAGUUCAUUAGGUAUAGUUUCCCCGCCCCCCCCUCCACCCCCUCCACCCACUCCUAAGCCAACUAUUGGUGAAUUAACUCCAAGUCCUCCUUUAAAGGUUCUUACAAAUGACUCUCUAGUAGCACCCCCAUUUCCACCUCCACCUCCUUCAAAGCCAAACACAAGUGGAUCAACUUUUUUGACACCCCGUCCCCCUCCACCUCCUCUUAAACCUGUCGUCGGGGGAUCAGCUCCAUAUCCUCCACCUUUAAAUGCUUCUACAAAUAACCCACUCUCACUUCAUCCUAUAUCAUUAGCCCCCACUUAUGGUGGAGUAUCUAAUAGCAUUCCUACUCCUCCUCCACCACCACCACCACCACCUCCUCGUUCAAGGGCAAAUGUUGGUGGAUCACCUACUGAGAUACAUCCUCCUCCGUCACCUCCCCCUAUGCCAAUUAUUGUUGGAUCAACUCCAUGCCCUAUAAAUUCUUUUAUGAAAGGCUCUUUAGGAGCACCUGCGCCUCCACCUCCGCCUCCGCCUCCGCCUUCUCUUUUAUCAUUAGAAACUUUGGAGCUGCCAACACGUCCUUUUAUGUUGAGUGUUCCUCCACCCACGCCUCCGCCUAAGGCACAUAUAGAAGCUACACAUCCUCCCCCUCUACGUGCAAGUGAAGUUCCAUCACCACCACCACCACCACCACCACCUCCUCCUCCACCUGGGGGAUGCUCCAAUUUCCCUCCUACCCCUCCACCUCCUCUCCCUAGAGGUAAUCUAAGAGCUCCACCACCACCACCGCCUCCACCUGUUGGACGUGGUAGUGCUCCUCCUCCCCCACCUCAACCAAUUGGACAUGGUGGUGGUCCGACUCCUCCUCCCCCACCUCCAACCAUUGGACGUGGUGGUGCUCCGACUCCUCCCCCACCUCCACCAAUUGGACGAGGUAGUGCUCCUCCUCCCCCACCUCCACCCAUUGGACGUGGUAGUGCUCCUCCUCCCCCACCUCCACCAAUUGGACGAGGUAGUGCUCCUCCUCCCCCACCUCCACCCAUUGGACGUGGCAGUGCUCCUCCUCCCCCACCUCCACCAAUUGGACGUGGUGGUGGUCCGACUCCUCCUCCACCUCCACCUCCUGGAGGGAAACCAACUCUACCAGCUCCUCCUAGAGCUCCUGGUGCCCCCCCACCACCCCCUGUUGGCACUCCUAAUACUCUAGGUGGCUCAAGAGAUCCACCACCGUUGGGUUCAUUGACUGUAGCCAGAGGCCAAGGGCUUUCACGCCCUAUUGGCUCAAGUUCAUCUUCUCAAGCACCUCGUAGAUCAUCUUUGAAGCCAUUACAUUGGGUGAAAGUUACAAGAGCAGUGCAAGGAAGCUUAUGGGCUGAGCUACAAAAGUCUGGUGAUAGUCCAAGUGUUUCAGAUUUCGAUGCCUCGGAAUUGGAAUGUCUCUUCUCCGCUGUCACCCGAAAAUCAGAUGACAGUUUAAAGGCAGAUGGCAAGAGGAAAUCUCUUGGAUCAAAAUCGGAGAAAGUUCACCUGAUUGAACUUAGGCGGGCAAAUAACACUGAGAUUAUGCUGACAAAAGUUAAGAUGCCGCUCCCUGAUCUAAUGAGUGCUGCUUUAGCAUUGGAUGAUUCUGUUCUAGAUGUUGACCAAGUUGAUAACCUGAUCAAGUUUUGUCCAACCAAAGAAGAGAUGGAGCUGCUUAAGGGAUACACUGGCGACAAGGAAAAACUUGGGAAAUGUGAGCAGUUUUUCUUGGAGCUUAUGAAGGUUCCACGUGUAGAAUCCAAGUUAAGAGUAUUCUCGUUCAAGAUUCAGUUUCAUCAGCAGAUUGCUGAUCUUCGAAAGAGUUUAAACACCAUUGAUUUGGCAUGUGAGCAGAUAAGGACCUCUGACAAGCUCAAGGAAAUAAUGAAGAAAAUAUUGUACCUUGGAAACAUGCUAAACCAGGGAACUGCUAGAGGUUCAGCUAUUGGCUUUCGUUUGGAUAGUCUUUUAAAGCUUACAGAUACUCGUGCAACUAACAACAAAAUGACACUAAUGCAUUAUUUGUGCAAGGUUAUUGCUUUAAAAUCAUCUCAUCUUCUUGACUUUCAUGAGGAUCUUACAAGCUUGGAAUCCGCAUCAAAGAUACAAUUAAAAUCCUUGGCUGAAGAAAUGCAAGCUAUUGUUAAAGGCCUAGAGAAGGUUGAGUUGGAGUUGACUGCUUCGGAAAGUGAUGGCCCAGUAUCAUCAGUUUUUCAAAAGACAUUGAAGGGGUUCACUGCUGUUGCUGAUGCUGAAGUGCGAUCUUUAGCCUCACUUUACAGUGCAGUGGGUAGGAAUGCUGAUGCACUUGCCAUAUAUUUUGGAGAAGAUCCUGCACGUUGCCCUUUUGAACAAGUAAUCUCAACGCUCACUACCUUUGUCCAAAUGUUUCGGCGAGCACACCAGGAAAACUGCAAAGAGGCUGAACUCGACAAGAAGAAAGCCCAGAAAGAGGCUGAAAUAGAGAAGUCCAAAAGCUCCAAAUCCAUCAAAUAAAAAUCGUCUCCCCCAACACACGCUAGGCCUGAAAAAACAAAAGGAAACGAGGAAGGAGGCCAAGGAGAAGAAGCACUUGCUCGCAUUCGGUUUUUGCUUUUUAUUUUGGUAACAAAAGAUAGGCGAGUAAUCAGCUGAAGCAGGCAGAGGCUACGCCUAAACCUCCAAAUGUGAAGGAUUUGAGAUGAGAUUUUUUUAACCUGAGAUAAACAAUGACUGACAAAUUAUUGACAACCAGCACAAAGAUUCUAGUGUGCUGGAUCUUGCCUGAAACCUCCAUGGCUGUCCAGGGGACAAAUGAUUAAAGCCGAACGCAGCGCUGUUGCUGGCAACUAUCAUGCCAAACAAGGAUCCGCUGAGGUUUUUUUGAGGCCAAGCCAUCUUAAUUUGGUUGAUGCAGUCUUAGUUUCUGGUAUGGUUCUGUCCAUGUUUUUUUUUCUUUUUAUUUUUUUUUUAUUGUUUCUAUAUUUUUUUAUUCUUUACAGUAGUGGAUAUUAGCCAGGUGAGUGUACAAAAAAUAGGGCAUGGAGAUGCAAGUCUGUAAUUAUUCUAAACAAAAUUUUGUAUUUUUAAGAGGAAAUCAUAUAUUUUAUGAUAUAA